AGGGGCCUGCCUACGGCGCAACGCGAUCAGUCUAGAACGUGUCUCGUAAUGGUGUACCUUUCUCGUCCACCAUUUUAAAACGAUUCGCUUAUUUUUUUUUCCAAGUGCGUCCUCGUGCCAACAACGUUCCUUCCUUUUUUUUUGAUCGUCUUCAUGUGCUUCAUUUCAAUUGAUCUUCAAAGAAAAAUAAUUGAAGAAAAGGAGAAUAGAGAUACGUAAUAUAUAUAUAUAUAUACACACACACACACACAUAUACAUAUAUAUUAUACGUAUCAGAGAGAGAGAGAGAGAGAGAGAGAGAGAAAGAGAAAGAGAAAGAGAGAAAGAAAAAAUCUUUCGUUUAAAGGACAGUGACAAAAGAAAGAGAAAGAGAACGACAUAUGCGCUCAAAAGUGUGAAAGACGAAAACGAUAGGAGGAACGAGCGGGCGUACAUGAAAAACAACGUAACGCCGACGAUAAUCGUCAAUCUUUUAGGCUCCUGAAGUCAUGAAGUAAAAGAAAAGAGAACAAAAAAAGAACAAAAAAGAACCAAAGGGGACGUCUACCAAGUACAUAUUUCCUUCCUCUUCUCGAGGAGAGACGAGAAAAAUAUAUACGCCGGCCAAGAGGCGCGGCGACGAACUCGGCUCGAAGCGACCGAACUCAGUCCUCAGUGUAGGCUAGUCGGCUCGCUCACGGUGCUAGUGCUUCAAAGGUGCGCGCGAGGGGUUGCAGGCUUACGUUCCUUGCCCACUAAAGAAACAGAAAAGUAAUAUAACAAGAAGAACGAGAAGAACGACGACGACAAAUAAGAAUCUUGUGAAAUUUUCUUCCACUACCACUUUUACUUCUUCUUAUCCUUUUUAUUCUUUUUUUCUAUUUCUUAUUUUAUUUCUUCUUCUUAUUUAAUUUCUUCUUCGUAUUUUAUUUCUUUUUUUUUUUAAUUCCACAUCUAUUCUACUUUUUUCAAUGUUAUAUCGAGUUAGAAAUAUCGACUGAUGAAAUAAGAGUAAUUUCUUAUACGGUAAAAGAACUUUGAUCCUACUGUGAUAUAAUAAUAAUAAUAAUAAUAGUAAUAAUAAUAUUAAUAAUAUAGUUCAAAAAGAGAGAAAGAAAUAAAUGAAUAAAUAAAAAAAGGAGAGUGGUAAUAACACACAUACAUACAUACAUAUAUACAUAUAUAUAUACAUAAUAUAUAUACAUACACGUACAUACUUAUAUAUAUAUAUACAUAUACAUACACGCACAUACGCCGUCCGAGACGCAUUCGCCGGCGGCGAUAUAUAUAACAAAUAUGGCGGUGAACAUGUGCGCGCGAAAUUGCACCGAGGACACAGCCGGAUUCAUUUUCAAGAUGAUCUACGACGAUAUUUCUCUACCUUGGAACGAAUAUUCCUAUUAUAUAACUUACAAUCCUUGGUUCUUCUCAAUACUUGGCAGUACUAUGGUUGGUCUUGCUGGUGUAUUACCACUUUUAAUCAUCCCCAUUGAAGAAGGCGCUGAUCUCAAGAAUGGAGCCAGCGCAGGAACAUUGAAAUUGCUUUUAAGCUUCGCCGUUGGUGGUCUUUUGGGUGACGUUUUUUUACAUCUUUUACCAGAAGCAUGGGAAAACGAUUCAUUGAAACGAGCUGAAAAUUCAAAUCCUCCAUCUAUGCCCUGUGGCCUUUGGGUUCUCACCGGUUUUUUGGUUUUUGUCAUCGUCGAAAAAAUUUUUGCAUUCGAUUAUGAUCCAGAGGAACAACAAGUAGAUGAUAACAAAAAUACAUCUAAGAAUAUUACAGAAAAUCUUGAAACCGAUAAAGAAGAAAUGGAGAACAAUAAUUGUAUUAAUUUGAUUGGGAUUAAACAAAAGAAUGGCUAUGUUCAACAUUGUACGGAUAAUGAACUUUUGGAGAUGGAACCCUUCUUGGAAAACAAACUAAUGAAGAACGGAUACAUGGAGAUUAAUAGUAAUGGUGUAAAGAAACCAAAAAAAAAUGGUUACUUAAAAUCAGAACAUACAAAUGGCAUAGUUCUAUCUGAUAAUAUGUCGGUCGGUAAAGUCAGCGAUUGUUUGAAGAAUUUUACAAAGAACAAUGGUCUUUCAUCGUCAUCAUCUUCAUUGUUGAAUGGAUGUAUCAUUGACAGAAAAUGCGUAUCAUCUAAAACAAAGGAAAAAGUUACUCGGCAAACUGUUAAUACUGUUGUCCAAAAAACUAAAUCAAAACACAUAGCAGGAUAUCUCAAUCUUAUGGCAAAUUGUAUUGAUAAUUUUACUCAUGGAUUGGCUGUAGGAGGUUCCUUCCUCAUGUCCUUCCGAUUAGGCGCCCUAACGACGUUCGCUAUUUUGAUUCAUGAGAUUCCACAUGAAGUUGGUGACUUCGCUAUUUUACUUCGCAGUGGAUUCAGCAGAUGGGAUGCUGCGAGGGCACAACUUUUAACUGCAACCGGUGGAAUUUUUGGAUCCUUAGCCGCUAUUAUUUUUUCUGGUGGUGAAGUUGAGGCAAGAACAAGUUGGAUUUUGCCAUUUACGGCAGGUGGUUUCCUUCAUAUCGGCUUAGUAACAAUUUUACCAGAACUGCUUAAAGAAUCUAGUCCCAAGGAAUCUUUAAAGCAACUCGCUGCUUUGUUAUUUGGUGUUACGUUAAUGGCAAUUUUAACAAUUCUUUGCGACUAAGGGAUAUUUCAUCCAAGGAAAGGAAUUAAUUUGAACAAAUUUAUAUAGAGUACUAAAAUCUGUUGAUCAUUUUAUGAUGGUACUUUUCUGAAGUACAACAAAUUUCUAUAAGAACACAUUUUCAUUAAAUAAUCUAUGUAUGUAUAUAUAUAUACAUAUAUUUCUAUAUACAUAUACACAGACACAUACACACACACACACACACACAUAUUAUAAGUGACUAUCCCAAAAGAGAGAUUAUAUGUUGCCAUAAAAUUACAUAAUUUUGUUGCUUUAUUAAGAUAAAAUGUCAUCAAAAGAAGUUGAAUAUUCAAAUGGAAACGAUUGAUGACCAUACUCUUGUAUAUGGAUACAUUAUUACAUGCUCCAACACAUAAGCUAUAUCUUACAAAGUUAUAGGAGUUUAUGUAUAUAUAUAUAUUAAAAGUAUCCUAAAAUAUUAAAAACAGUUUAAAUAAGCUUGAGGGAAGCACUACUUUUCAGACUCUGUGAUCCUUUACAAUAAUUAAGAAUGUGUUUACUAUACGAAUCAUUUAAACUAACUAAUAUUAUAGUAUUCUUAUAAUCGAAGGAGAAGAGUGUAAAUUUAUUUUUAUAAUCUUCAAAGUUAAUAACAUUUCUGUAUCUAAAUAAAUUUAAUAUUUUUCUUCUUAUAAGCCAA